AGGACUAUGAUGUUGAUCCCAGAUAUGAAAACCUUGAGCAGCCACUCAAUUUAGUUAAUGUGAUGACAGAUUACAUGUAUGCUAAUUUAGCUGAUGAUGAAAAUUUUAAUGUUGGCUAUAAAUUCCAUCAGAUUCUUGCCCAUAUCCUAUGUGUCUUUUCAGUUAAAUAUUUUAUCAAGCAAAGAGCUAUAGGUAAUUGCACUACUAGUUUCCUGUUUCCUAGCUCCACCUCAUUUUAACCUGUCUGUUGAGAAUAUCAUUCUUUUGUCCUUUUCUGAACUUGGUUCCUGAAUAAUCUUUCAUUCCCUAUCCCUUCUCAAUCUACACAAGUGGCUGUUUACUUCAGUUUGUGAAGUAUAUUGUACAUUCAAUCCAUUUUUAACUACAUUAAUUGAUCAUUGGACCCAUUUGACCAAUGCUGAAAAAUAUACAUGUUAAACAACUAUAUCAUAGCUUGACAAAUCCUUGUAUGGAGAAAGGUGGGUUUCCUGAGUGACCACCACCAUUACAUUUCUUUUGUUGCUUCAUUUAGUAUUGAGACCUUACAUCAACGGCUCUGUACUCACAGGUGGCCGCUAAUUAUGUUGCUAUGGUUCCUUCUGGACAGAUAUUUGAUAGUUCACUGGAGAAAGGUCUGCCAUAUCUUUUUCGUGUUGGCUCUGGUCAGGUGAUCAAGGGGCUUGACGAAGGAAUACUGACCAUGAAAGUUGGAGGGACGCGCCGACUUUAUAUUCCUGGACAGCUGGCCUUUCCUAAAGGCCUCGUUUCAGCCCCAGGAAGGCCAAGGGUGGCUCCAAGUAGUCCAGUAAUUUUCGACGUGAAUUUGGUUUAUAUACCAGGUCUUGAAUUGGAUGAAGAGUAAGACUGUAAGAGUAUUUACAUUUCCGUAUAGAAAAUAUUCUCCGUCUUCAUACCAAAACUGGCUGGAAAUGAGGUCGAUAAUGUGAGUAAACCGCAUUGUAUGCAUUGUGUACUUUGAUUCUAAUUCAUUCUUUUUUGUUUUUUCCGGAAUAUUGUACAAAAAAAUCAUGCCUCAUUCAUUUCUUGGUGUAAGUUUUAAUGAAUGUUGAGAAGCUGGAAAAUAUUUGUAUUACUUCAGGUGAACUUUUCAUUUAUUUUUUGCU